UUGACUGUUUGAUAAUCCAGAUCCGCUCAGAGAAAUGUCUGAAACCGCUCCAGUUGCUGCCGCCACCCCGGCCAAAGCACCCAAAAAGAAAUCCGCUGCAAAAGCCAAGAAAACUGGACCAAGCGUGGGUGACCUCAUCGUCAAAGCUGUUUCGGCUUCCAAGGAGAGGAGCGGUGUCUCUCUCGCUGCACUGAAGAAAGCGCUCGUCGCCGGUGGCUACGACGUGGAGAAGAACAACUCCCGCGUCAAGAUCGCCAUCAAGAACCUGGUCACUAAAGGCACUCUUGUCCAGACCAAAGGGACCGGCGCUUCCGGGUCUUUUAAACUGAACAAGCAGCAAGCAGAGACCAAGAAGAAGCCUGCGAAGAAAGCCGCUCCUAAAGCAAAGAAGCCCGCAGCCAAGAAACCCGCCGCUGCCAAGAAGCCCAAGACUGCAGCGACAAAGAAGACCGCCGCUAAGAAAUCACCCAAGAAAGCGAAGAAACCAGCCGCCAGCGCCGCUAAAAAGGCAACAAAGAGCCCCAAGAAAGCAAAGAAGCUAGCGGCUCCUAAGAAAGCAGCGAAGAGCCCCAAAAAAGCAAAGGUUGCUAAACCCAAGACGACAAAGCCCAAAGCAGCUAAGCCUAAAAAGGCAGCACCCAAAAAGAAAUAAAGCAACUCUGUUUUAUUUAUUUUUUUACACUCAAAGGCUCUUUUAAGAGCCACCCACUAAUUCAUGAAAGGGCAGUGUUUCAAUAUUAUCUGUAACUUAUAAUGCUUACAUUCAUAAUUUGACCGCAGCGUUAUCAACUAUUUUCAGAAUAAAGUAACACAAGUCAUCUGUUUGGAGAGUCGCUAAAUGUCGGUAGACCACUUUGAUGCUAGUUGUCGCCUUUGCUGUGCAGUAUAGAUAGCACAACUCAACUAAAGUCGCUGUUUUUAUAUAUAAAUUGCUAUAGGGGUCUGAAGUCGCUAAAUUUGCAACACCUUUUGACUAGAUCAUUACCUGAGAGAUCUGAUUUAAGUUGUGUGUGGCAUAUUUAAUAUGACAA